CCCUCCCUCGAACGGCGGCUGGCGCCCCAAACCGCAUGGUCGUCUCCCCGUCCCCGAUCGAAAUCGAAUCGAGUCCCCCCAAUCGGCACGGCCCAAAAAAUCCCCAUUCGUUCUCCUCGCCUCCACGAACCCUCCCCAAUUCCCCACCCCGAUCACCCCCAGUACUCCCUCCCAAACCCUAGCCAAAUCCCGGAUCCGGCCUAACUCCGGCGAGCGGCGAUGGGGAACCCUGAGAAGCUGAUGAACCAGAUCUUCGACCUCAAGUUCACGUCCAAGUCGCUGCAGCGGCAGGCGCGCAAGUGCGAGAAGGAGGAGAAGGAGCAGAAGCUCAAGGUGAAGAAGGCGAUCGAGAAGGGCAACGUGGACGGCGCCCGCAUCUACGCCGAGAACGCCAUCCGCAAGCGCACCGAGCACAUGAACUACCUCCGCCUCGCCUCCCGCCUCGACGCCGUCGUCGCCCGCCUCGACACGCAGGCCAAGAUGCAGGUCAUCGGCAGGUCCAUGCAGUCCAUCGUCAAGUCGCUCGAUUCCACGCUCGCCACGGGGAACCUCCAGAAGAUGUCCGAGACCAUGGACCAGUUCGAGCGCCAGUUCGUCAACAUGGAGGUCCAGGCCGAGUUCAUGGAGGGCGCCAUGGCGGGCUCCACCUCGCUCUCCACGCCGGAGACCGAGGUCAACAGCCUCAUGCAGCAGGUCGCCGACGACUACGGGCUCGAGGUCUCCGUCGGACUGCCGCAGGCAGCCGCGCACGCCAUCCCGGCUGCAAAGGAUAAGGAGAAGGUCGACGAGGACGACCUCUCCCGCCGCCUCGCCGACCUCAAGGCUCGCGGCUGAGGGCUUUCAGGUUUUUCAGCCUUUCAGGUCAGAUGCCAUUCAUGCUAUGCUCUCAAGCUGCUUUUAUUUGACAGAUUCGUAAAUACUGUUAUGAUGAAAUGCUUGUGUUGGCAUAGCCAUGCAGGGUCUGACUUGAGAAAACUUUGCUGUGUGAUGUACUAUAAAAUCCAUAAUUUGUGGGCAUGCAAACGUCUGUGAUUCUGUGUUGC